AUUAAUUUUAGAAUCUGAAUUAUACUUUUCUUUUUUUUGAUUAUUCACCAAAUAAUCACAUCACAAAACCUAACAGAGCCCAAACGCUACACUCACACACUGUUGCAAUAUCAAACAGCUAUGCUCAGCUCCGCCGCCACAGCCACCGCCACCGCCACCGCCACCGCCGUUAGUUCUCGCUCCGGUGAAAUUCUCUGCGGCUACUUUCGAAAGCAAACCGUCGCGCCGUUUCGUUUUACCCAGCCUGUCCGCUGUACGUCGCUGCGUCCAAGUUUCGUUGCGGUACGAGCCAUGGCGGAGUCUCAGACAGCUCCAAGGAAUCCGCCGCACUCUUCGGGCUCCUCUGACAAAAAGCAAGCUUUGAUAUCUUUAUCUGACAAGAGGGAUUUGGCUUCUCUUGGCAACGGUCUGCAAGAGUUGGGAUACACUAUUGUUUCUACGGGAGGAACUGCCUCUACUUUGGAGAAUGCUGGAGUCUCUGUGACCAAACUUGAUGGCCGUGUGAAGACUUUGCACCCAAACAUACACGGUGGCAUCCUCGCUAGAAGGGAUGUGGAGCAUCAUAUGGAAGCUCUUAAUGAGCAUGGGAUUGGUACAUUUGAUGUGGUGGUUGUCAAUUUGUAUCCGUUCUAUGACAAAGUUACUGCUCCUGGUGGGAUCAGUUUUGAGGAUGGGAUUGAGAACAUCGACAUUGGUGGUCCUGCUAUGAUUAGAGCAGCUGCUAAGAACCACAAAGACGUUCUCAUUGUUGUCGAUUCAGAGGAUUAUCAAGCUGUUUUGGAGUAUCUCAAAGGAGGACAGAGCGACCAACAAUUCCGUAGAAAACUUGCAUGGAAGGCAUUUCAGCAUGUUGCUGCAUAUGAUUCCGCGGUUUCAGAAUGGCUAUGGAAGCAGACUGAAGGAAAAGAGAAGUUCCCUCCCAGCUUUACAGUUCCCCUUUCACUGAAGAGUUCUCUUCGUUACGGUGAAAACCCUCAUCAAAAGGCUGCUUUUUAUGUCGAUAAGAGUCUUGCUGAAGUGAAUGCUGGUGGUAUUGCUACAGCGAUUCAGCACCAUGGAAAGGAAAUGUCAUACAACAACUACCUUGAUGCUGACGCUGCGUGGAACUGUGUGUCAGAAUUUGAACACCCAACAUGUGUAGUCGUGAAGCACACAAAUCCCUGUGGUGUGGCCUCUCGCGAUGAUGUUCUUGAGGCUUACAGGCUAGCUGUAAAAGCUGACCCUGUUAGUGCCUUUGGUGGUAUUGUAGCCUUCAACGUUGAAGUCGAUGAGGUUCUUGCAAGGGAGAUCCGAGAGUUUAGGAGCCCAACAGACGGGGAAACUAGAAUGUUUUAUGAGAUCGUGGUUGCUCCGAAGUACACUGAAAAAGGACUUGAAGUCCUCAAAGGGAAAUCGAAAACUCUGAGGAUCCUCGAGGCUAAAAAGAAUGACCAAGGGAAGCUAUCGCUGAGACAGGUUGGUGGCGGCUGGUUAGCUCAAGGCUCAGACGACAUCACUCCGGAAGACAUCAGUUUCAGUUCUAAAUCAGAUAAAACUCCGACUGAAAGCGAACUUGCAGAUGCUAAAUUUGCGUGGCUUUGCGUUAAGCAUGUCAAGAGCAAUGCCAUUGUGAUAGCAAAGAACAACUGUAUGCUUGGGAUGGGAAGUGGACAGCCAAACCGAGUGGAGAGUCUGAGAUUAGCUUUCAAGAAAGCUGGGGAGGAAGCCAAAGGAGCUGCCUUGGCCAGUGACGCCUUCUUCCCGUUUGCUUGGAAAGAUGCGGUGGAAGAGGCGUGCGAGAAGGGAAUAGGAGUGAUAGCAGAACCUGGAGGAAGUAUUAGAGACCAAGACGCCAUUGAUUGCUGCAACAAGUAUGGAGUCUCUCUGCUCUUCACCAACAGAGAGAAAGUCGACGACAGUGGAAAGAAAGAGAGAGAGAUGGCGACGGGGAAAGUGGUGGUGGAGAAAGUCGGAGGAAGAUCCACGGCUACGAGUUGCUUCUCUAAGUAUCCUCUCAAGUUCAUCCUUCCAAGCAAGGUAGCUCCUGUCGGAACUGACGUUGUCUGGAUUUACAGCAUCACCUACGGCGGCGGCAUUGUCUCUGGAGAUUCGAUUUCAUGUGAAUUCACCAUUGGUGAUGGAUGCACUGCAGUGCUUACAACACAGUCUUCUACUAAGGUAUACAAGGCAAUAGGAUCAAAGUGUUCAGAACAAACAUUGGAAGCGAGAAUCGGGAGUGAAGCUCUUUUGGUUGUGAUUCCAGAUCCUGUGACGUGCUUCUCCACUGCCCGGUACUAUCAGAAACAGAUCUUUAGAUUGGUUUCAGGCUCUAAUCUGGUCCUUGUGGAUUGGAUCACGAGCGGUCGUCACGCAAAUGGUGAAAAAUGGGAUUUCGAGUUUUAUAAGAGCAUCAACAAUAUCUACCUGGACGAUGAUCAACCUUUAUUCGUUGACACAGUGCUGCUAGAGAAGAGGAGCAACCAAAGCAUAGCCGAGCGGAUGCAAGACUAUCACGCCAUAGCAAUGGUCAUACUCUUCGGGCCAAAGCUGAGGGAAAUCCAGAAGCAAGUCCAAGAAAACGUGAAAAACAUGAUGUCGGAACAAUUACAGAUAUCUUAUGGUUCUCGGAGACGCAAUUCUGACUCAAGCUCUCGAAAUGGAGUCAUGAAACCAGAGUUCAUAGCUUCCUGCAGCACUUUUGGCCCUGAGGAAAAAGGAGUUGUGAUUCGAAUAGUUUCGGAUUCUACAGAGUCAGUCUACAACUUCUUGAGGCAACAGUUGGCUAAGCUUGAACCACUUCUUGAGCUAAUGCAAUCUCGCGCAUGGUCGCGGCUGAGAAGUUACUACAUAAGAGCAUCGGUUUUGCCCAUUUCAGAAAAUGACCGAUCAGAGCGACUACUUAAUCUCGUACGUUUGAUUUCUUCUUCCAAUGAUCACGGAAGCUCAAGACCCAGAAGGGAAGUAUAUACCUCCAAUUCGCAUGUGGCACGACCCGAAUGGCUCAUUGGGAAGCUUUGCAAAGAAGGUCGAAUCGCGGAAGCACGCAAGCUGUUCGACGGAUUGCCUCAUAGAGAUGUGAUCACAUGGACGGAUGUGAUCAAUGGGUAUAUCAAGUCAGGGAAUAUGAGAGAAGCUAGAGAACUUUUCGAUAGAGCGGAUUCUCGGAAAAACGUCGUGACUUGGACUGCCAUGGUUGGUUAUGCGCAUAACAAUAUGAUAGACGAAGCUGACCGACUCUUUCAAGUGAUGCCGGAAAGAGACUUUGCUUCAUGGAACACGAUGAUCACAGGGUUUAUACGGAACGGGGAAAUGAACAGGGCGUGUGGUUUAUUUGACCGGAUGCCUGAGAAGAACGUUAUUUCCUGGACCACGAUGAUUACGGGAUACGUACAGAACAAAGAAAACGAAGAUGCGCUGAAAGUUUUCUCAAAUAUGUUGAAGGAUGGUUGUGUAAAGCCUAACGUAGGAACCUAUGUGAGCAUUUUAAGCGCGUGUAGUGACUUGGCCGGGCUUGUGGAAGGGCAACAGGUUCACCAGCUGAUAUCUAAGUCAGUCCACCAAAAGGACGAGCUUGUGAUUUCGGCGCUUAUCAACAUGUACUCGAAAUCAGGUGAAUUGGUAUCUGCCAGGAAGAUUUUCGAUUCUGGGGUUGUAAGCCAGAGGGAUUUGAUAUCAUGGAACAGUAUGAUUGCGGUUUAUGCACACCACGGGCGUGGGAAAGAAGCUAUUGAGAUGUAUGAUCAGAUGCGGAAACACGGGUUCAAAGCUAGUGAGGUGACCUAUCUUAACUUGCUAUCCGCUUGCAGCCACGCCGGUUUGGUAGAGAGAGGAAUGGAGUUUUUCGAGGAGCUCGCGAGAGACGAGUCGCUUUCUCUGCGGGAAGAUCACUAUACGUGUCUCGUGGAUCUCUGUGGUCGGGCUGGUAGAUUAAAAGAUGUGUUAAAGUUCAUCAAACGUGUCGAGGCUAAGCCAUCAAGGUCCGUGUAUGGAGCGGUCUUAUCCGCUUGUAGUGUUCACGGCGAGGUGAGUAUUGCUAAGGAGGUAGUGAAGAAGGUUCUAGAAACAGGGUCGGAUGAUGCUGGGACUUAUGUAAUGAUGUCUAAUAUAUAUGCGGCGAGUGGAAAAAGAGAGGAAGCUGCAGAGAUGAGAAUGAAGAUGAAGGAGAGAGGGUUGAAGAAACAGCCAGGUUGCAGUUGGAUUGAGAUCGGGAAUCAGAAGCAUGCUUUUGUAGUUGGAGAUUUGUCUCAUCCUCGGUUUGAAGCACUUGAUUCUGUAGUGUCCGAUCUUAACAACAAAAUGAGGAAGAACAAGAACAUGGCUUCAGAACCGGAGGAAGAUGAGUUCUUGGCUAUU